AUGAAUGAAUCACUUGACGUUGAAAAUGCAAAAGCUAAAAUAAAAUUAGUGUUUUCUUAUUGGGUAAACAUUGCAAAUAAUGAAUUCUCUAAAACAAAUAUAUUUUGUGUUUUAUCAGGAAAAUCUAGUAAAGAUGAAAAUGCAACAAUACAAGAACAAUUUCAAAUGUGGUUAACUGGAUACCAGUUAACUGAAACAUUUUUUAUAUUUUUAAAAAAUGAAAAGUUAAUUAUUUUAACAAGUGAUAAAAAAAGAAAAUUUUUACAGCCACUCUUAGAUAAUAUGGACAAUGUAGAAAUUUUAGAAAGAAGUAAUGACAAUAAGGAGAAUUUUGAAAAAAUUAAAAAUUCAAUUGAAAGCGCAAACUCUAGUGAAAUAGCAAUAUUAAGAGACACAGAUGCAACUGGAACUUUUUUUGAAAAUUGUUAUGACUUCAUUAAAAAGUUAGAUAAAAGGGAAUUGGACGUAAGUAGUAGUAUAAAACACUUACUAAAUUUUCGUUCAGAAUCAGAUAUGAAAAUUCAAAAAAGUGGAAGUGAUAUAGCAUGUAUAAUUUUAAAAAGUACUCUUAUUACAACGAUAGAAAAUGCACUAGAUAAUGAAGAGUUUGAGAGCCAUGAAAAAAUAAAAGAUAAUGCUUUAAAAUUUCAUGAAAAUAAAAAAUGUUUAAUGAAAUUAAAAGACAAAUUAAAAGUAGACAUAGAUGAAAUAGAUAUUAUUUAUAGUAAUGUUCAGAGUGGAAACAAAUUUACACUAACAUAUAAAAAUAGUAACGAUAAAAAUUAUUUAUCUCAAAAUGAAGGAACAAUUAUUGUAGGUCUUGGUUUGAAAUACAAAGAGUUAUGUUGUAAUAUAACAAGAACUUUAUUACUUAAUGCUAAAACCCAUCAUAAAGAAUUAUACAAUUUUACUUUAAAUAUAGAAAAAUAUAUUAUAAAAGAAUGCUUAAAAGUAAAUAGUACCUUUUCUAGUGUUUAUAAAAAAGCAUUUGAUUAUAUAAAACAAAAUAAAAAAGAAUGUGAUAGCUUGCAAAAUAUAAACUUAGAAGAAUACUUCGUUAAAUGUAUAGGACAUGUUAUAGGAAUAGAAUUUAUGGAGAAAGAAUUUUUAAUAACAGAAAGUAAUGAAAAUGGUAGAAUAGAAAAAAACACAUCAUACAAUUUGUCAGUUGGCUUUGAAAAUGUGCAAGGAGAUGACAAAAGCAAUUUUGCUAUCUGGUUAAGUGAUACUAUCUAUAUUAAUGAUAAAGAAGAAGUUAUUGUUUUAACAGAUACCUUAAGUAAAGAAAUUAAUACUAUAUCUUAUGAAUUAGAAGAUAGCUCGAGUAAUGAUGAAGAAAAAAAAGAUGUAAAAAAAGAAAAAAAAAAUGGAGAUGUAGAUAAAAAAAAAAUUGGUAUAUCUGCCAGUAUAUUAAAUAACGCAGCAAGUGUUAUUGUCUCAGAUAGAUUAAGAAGAAGAAAUAAAAAUUCUAUAGCACAUAAUAAUGAACAAGAGAUGGAAGAAUUAAAUAGAAGACAAAAUGAAUUAAAAGAAAAAAAAAUUAAUGAAAUCAAAUUUAGAUUUUCUAAGGGAACUAACGAUUAUAAAGAUAUGAAUAAAAAAAAUAUAAAAAAACUUGAAGAUAUAAAAGCAUAUAAUGAUCCAGAUUUGCUACCAAAAGAUCUAAAACCAAAUGUCAUAUGUGUAGAUAAUAAACAUGAAUGCAUAUUAUUACCAAUUAAUGGAUUGCAUAUACCUUUUCAUGUUUCUACUAUAAAAAAUUUAAGUUCUAACUAUGAAGAUAAUAAUGAUAUAUUUGUUUUACGUAUCAAUUUUUUAGUUCCGGGAAAUCAAGGAGUAGUAAAAGGAGAUUUUAAUACAUUUCCAACAUUACAAGCAAAGGAAAUGUAUAUUAAAGAGUUAAUAUUUAAAUCAAAAGAUGAAAAACAUUUUCAGAUGGUAGUUAAACAAGUUAAAGAAUUAAUUAAACAAGUAAAGCAAAAAGAAGUAGAAGCGGAUGUAAAUGAUUCUAAACAUACUCAGGAUAAAUUAAUUUUAAAUAAAAGUGGAAGAAGAAUUAUUUUACGUGAUUUGAUGACUAGACCGAAUAUAUUUACUGGAAGAAAAAUAUUAGGUACAUUAGAGCUGCAUACUAAUGGAUUAAGAUAUUCAGCUAAUUCAAGAGGAACUACAGAGUAUAUUGAUAUUUUAUUUGAUGACAUUAAGCAUGCCUUUUAUCAACCUUGUGAUGGUCAAUUGAUUAUUUUAAUUCAUUUUCAUUUAAAAAGAUAUAUAAUGGUAGGAAAAAAGAAAACAUUAGAUGUUCAAUUCUAUUGUGAAGCUGGUACCCAAAUAGAUGACUUAGAUAGAGCUAAGGCAAGGAAUGUUUAUGAUCCUGAUGAAAUGCAUGAUGAAAUGAAAGAAAGAGAGCAAAAAAACAAAUUAAAUUUAAUUUUUAAAAAUUUCGUUCAACAAAUGCAAGAUGCUUCAAAAAUAGAGUUUGAAAUUCCAUAUCCUGAAUUAACUUUUUCAGGAGUUCCAAACAAGAGUAAUGUAGAAAUAUUUGUUACAGCAAACACAAUUAAUCAUCUUGUUGAAUGGCCACCCUUUAUUUUAUCAGUUGAAGAUAUUGAAAUCGCUUCAUUAGAAAGAGUUCAUCAUGGUUUAAGAAAUUUUGACAUGAUAUUUGUUUUUAAAGAUUAUACAAAACCAGUUAAAAGAAUUGAUGUUAUUCCAACAGAAUAUAUUGAUACAAUAAAAAAGUGGUUAACAACUAUCGAUAUAGUAUAUUAUGAAGGAAAAAAUAAUUUACAAUGGGGAAAUAUUUUAAAAACUAUUCUAUCUGAUAUUGACUCCUUUGUAAAUUCAAAAGGAUUUGAAGGAUUUUUGGGAGAAGAUGAUGAUGAAGAAGAGCACUCAGCUGAAGAUGAGGAUGAAGAUGAUGAAUAUGAAUUAGAUGAAUCAGAGCUAAGUGCUGAAGAUGAUAGUGAAUAUGAUGAUAGUGCUGAUGAAAGUUUAGCAACUGAAAGUGAUGGAGAAGGAGAAGUUGAAGAAGAUUCAGAAGAUGAAGGAUUAUCGUGGGAUGAGCUUGAGGAAAGAGCUAAAAAAGACGAUAAAAAACGAUUCGCAUAUAAAAGUGAUGAUGAUGAAGGAUAUAAUAAAAGGAAGAAAAAGAAAAAAAAUUAA